GAGCCGAGCCGCGCCGAGCCGCGAUGGAGGGCGCCGAGGCGGCCAGCCUGCUGGGGGAGCGCAGCCCGGAGCCGCCGGGCCGCUUCAAGGCGUACCGGCGGCGCUGGUUCCUGCUGGCCGUCGUGUGCCUGCUGAACUGCUCCAACGCCAUGCUGUGGCUGACAUUUGCUCCUGUGGCUGAUAAGACAGCUGCUUACUUCCACAUUUCCCUGGAGACAGUCAACUGGCUCUCAAUGGUGUACCUCCUCAUUUCUAUCCCAUUUGGCCUGGUGGCUACAUGGGUCCUCGACAGCGUGGGGCUCCGCUGUGCCGUGGUGCUGAGUGCAUGGCUAAACAUGGUUGGUAGCAUCACCAGGAUGUUCAGCGUUCUGAAGUUCCUGAGCUUGGGGUCCCAGAGUUACUGGUACCUGUUUAUUGGACAAUGCCUCUGUGCAUUAGCACAGCCUCUUAUCAUCUUCUCACCAACAAAGCUGGCCGCGCUAUGGUUUCCAGACCACCAGAGAGCGACAGCAAAUAUGAUUGCAUCAAUGUCCAAUCCCUUGGGCAUUCUUAUAGCAAACUUGUUGUCGCCUGCACUAGUUCCUGAAGGAAAGCACAUUCCAUUGAUGCUGGGUAUUUAUGCUGUCCCAGCAGUAACAGCCUGUGCUCUAGCAACUCUGGGGAUUCAUGAGAAGGUCCCGCCAACACCUCCGUCAGCCAGUGCCACUAACUCCAACUCACAGCCAUUCUUCACAGGACUCAAAAUGCUCCUGAGAAACAAGCCAUACAUAAUCCUGGCAGUGUGUUUUGGAGGAGGAAUUGGGAUGUUCACCUGUUUUUCAGCUCUGCUAGAACAGAUCCUUUGUGAAAAGGGGUAUUCAAAUGAUUUUGCUGGCCUGAAUGGUGCACUGUUCACAGUCUGUGGCUUGUUGGGUGCUUUCCUGCUAGGCAUGUAUGUUGACCGGACAAGGAAGUUCAUAGAGUCCACCAAGAUUAGUUUCUGUCUGAGUGCACUUGCCAGCAUCAUGUUCGCAGUGAUUUCUCGGUUCAGACAUCAGGCCAUCAUGUUGGCCAUCACAAGUUCUCUCUUUGGUUUCUUUGGUUUUGCCAUCUACCCCAUUGCCAUGGAGCUGGCUGUGGAGUGCUCCUACCCUGUAGGAGAGGGCACAUCUACAGGCCUGAUUUUUGUUGCAAGCCAGAUUGAGGGUGUGAUUUUAAUGAUUCUUCUACAAGCUCUCACCGUCCGUGUUUCUGAGGAUCCAUUCUCCACCUGUGCCCUUGACCAGGAUGGAGCCCUGGACUGGACAACUCCAGUACUAGUGCUGGCUGGCCUCUGCAGUGGGAUGGCUUGCUUCUACGUCAUCUUCUUCCACACUGACUACAAGCGGCUCCAUGCUGAGAUAAUCAGUGCUGAUUUGGCCAAGGCAGAAGAUGCAGCAACAGCACAUGUUCCUGAGUCCUAAACAGGGCAAAAAGAGGAUGCCAAGAAUCAAGGACUCAGAGGACCAAUCCUGAGCUGGUACACUGAGAUAUCCGUGUCAUGUUACACAAAAAGCAAGGACUAGAGCAAAUAGCACCUUUGCAGUGCAUCUCUCAGUCUUCUGUUUUUUUGGGGAUCUGGGCUGUUAAGAAUGGCUGUCCUGCCAGAAAGGUCAAAGUGGCAAUGGACAAUUAUGCACUAGAAUUUUUUAUGCACUAUGAACUAGAGUUUUUGGCUGACUUGAUUCAAGCUAAAGAAAUGUCACAGUGGAGGGUAGCAUAUUUCAGCCAUUUUUAAAUUCUAAUGUACAUGGAUCAAGGGUGAAGAUUUCAGAGAGAUGGAAGCUGUGCCUACCACAAACCUAGUGGAAAACUUCUAUUUAGGGACUGUGGUACAGCAUAACCACUCAAGUUGGAGCUAACUGUGCCUUUUAGCUAAAGGGCAGUAGAACCUAGAGCAUCCUUUCAUUCCAGUGGGGAUAUGUAUGUAUGUGAUCUGUAAAUACAAGUCUGUUACAGUGAGUCACUUUGUCUUCUACAAGAAAAGCCUUGCCUGAAGUUCUGUCUAUAAAAAAAAAUAUCAGGAAGCAGCAAAAGUUAAAUACAGCAGCAUUUCUCACCCCUCUGAUUCCUUGCUAAAUGCUGAGACAUUAAGGAUUAGCUUGUUUUACUUGGGAUUCUGUUUCUUCACCUCUCUUGCAAUUUCAGUGGUUUAAGUUUUCUACAAGAAGAUGAACCUGCUGGUUUAGUCUUAGACCAAUGUGAUGCUCUCCUAUAGAGCAUCACUCUUUGGGCAAUGACACCGUAGUGUCAUUGGUGGGAGCUGGCAGAAGAACUGACAAAGGCGACACUUUAAUGUAGGGACUUGUCAUAAGUUUCUGCAAGUAAGAGGGUGUCCUAGUUUGAAGGACAGGGGUCUGCCAAGAAAGGCAGAAUUUUUCCUUUUAAACAGAGACCCGAAUUCCACUCCCCCCAAAAUAUUAUAAACGUUUGAAUCAAGGACUCUGAGGCAGAGAUAAGGGGGUAGGAAUAACAGCUCUUUUACUAAUAUAUCCAACUGUACCAGCAGAAACAACAGCAGUUGUUAAAAUUACUAACAAAACAGAACAGAUUACUCGGUUCCAGUCCUUUCUUUAGCUGUGAGCACGCUCUCUCUCGGCGGGAGCGGAGGCGGGAAGGGGCGGCCGCGGCCGCGCCGGUCUCAGGGGGGAGCGGCUGGAGCGGGCAGAUGCAGGGUUCGGGUUCUGGUGCUCAGCUGUGUCCGCAGAGGCUGGAGGCUGGAGCAGGGCAGAUGCAGGGCAGGUGAUCGCAGAGGGUCUGGCUCUCCUGCCUUCGGCCGCGUGGCUCCAAGACCGAGAGGAUCCUCCUCCCCGCCCCCGGAAACACGAGUCCCCUCCGGAAGCAUGAGAGCCCCUCUCCAAGCCGAUCCCACCUACCCCUUUUGUCCAGAGCCCGCAAAGAUCCGCGGUGUAUGCGGCAGCUCCAUUGGCAUGACAAUGGGAAAAAUUCUUUAAAUUGACACAGCAAUAGGAAAAACACUCAACCCCCAACAGAGGGGUUUGGGGAGGAGACCAAGUAAAAAACAAUGUCAACACUUUCCACGAUCCAUCUCUGAAACUGACAUCUGUUCUUUAGUGUUAGAUGAGAAGGAAAGUGACACAAAAGAUCCCAUUUGGAGUUCAGUUACACUGACAAUUACAAUGGAUAUGACUGGAUUUUUCAUUUUGCAGUACUUCCACAGCAGUGUAAUGUCUUGCUCUGCAGUUCAGGUCUAGGUGUACUACAUGAGAAAUUCUUACUUUAUAACACUUAUGUGGUAAAAAACUUUAGAUUGUUGGGAUUUUGUGAUGCUUCCUGGUAUAUAUAUACUUAAAGGGAAUCUGAGUGUUUGCUGAUAAAGGGACCUUGAUGCAAAUUGAACCUGUGACUAGCUUUAUCCGGUCCAUCUAGAUGAUCCCAAUACCAAGAGCACACUGUCCCUGAGGAACACUGUACAAAGGAGCUCUCUCAGUGCCUGAAUUCUCUUCCCCAUUAGCAACUGGAAGGCUCUCCCUUUGUAAAACACCUGUUUGCAUCCUUCUAAGGCGCCUGCGCAUUCCCACAGCUCCAGCCUUGCUACGACUUGUAAACACUGAUGUUUGUCAAAAGGAGCAGGAAAGAAGUCUGAAACCAAAGUGAAACAAGAUUGUUUAAACCUGUCAGAGGAAUGAGAUUAGCCAUCUUUUGCAAAACUAGCCAGUUCUGCAGCCCUGGAACUAACACACCAAACAGAUUAAUGCCAAAUUUACCUGCCAUUUCUGAAUUCCACUGUACUGGGAAGCAACAAGCACUUGAUACUUAUAAUUUUAUAGAUUUACAGAUGUUUAUGUUUCUUAAUAAAGGAUGGUUUAAGAAAAGAUUAA